UUUACAGAGAGUGAAACAUACACGCCAAGACAUAACUAUAACACAAGACUGCAGGCUAAAUACUCGAACUCUUCGGUAGCCAUCCCAAAACCAAAAAGUACCAGGCGAGACAGUGAAAUACGUGAAAAUAACGAACUAGUUCUGCAAUCAUUCACGUUUGAUGAUAGUUUUAGAAGACAUUUUAAGAAUGAGGAUUUGGUAAGGUACACUAAUAAUAGUCAAACAAUGGGUUGGCAGGAGAGAAGUUAUACGAGUACAGGGCCUUGUUCUGUCUCUUGUAACAAUAGACCACACACUGGAGGAAAAAGUUGCAAUAAUAACGAAUUUUGGAACAAAUAUUCAAAGCACAUUUUUGUAUCUGCUCUUGUGGGUAUGAUAGUGAUACCGAUGUUAAAUAACAUGUUUCAAACGUUUAACCAACUUACCACCGAUGUGGAACAGCUAAAGAAAGAUUCUAAAAUCACAAAAAUGAAAAUUCAAAGUAUAGACAAUACGUUAUCCACCAUAAAAUCGGGUUCAUUCAACAUUAAAUCAAUGGUUAUCGACGAAAUGGAAAAACUCAAUUCUGAUAAAACAGGAAAAACUGACUACGCCUUGGAAUCAACAGGUGGAAGUAUAGUUAAAUUACUUCCGGAGACAGAAAACUACAGUAAACCUAAGAAUUUAUUCGGUUUAACCUUAUGUGAGGGUAGUAAUGGUCCAAGAGCAAUGUUGCAGAUUGGGACAGCUCCUGGUCAAUGUUGGGCCUUCAAAGGGUCCAGUGGCGGUGCUAUAAUUAAACUAGUAGGGGUUGUGGACAUAGAAUCCAUAAGUUUGGAGCAUAUACCUAGGAAAAUGUCACCUACAGGAGAGAUAUCGACGGCUCCCAAGGAUUUUGCUGUCAUCGCAUUGAGAUCGCCAAACGAUAGCCAAGGUUCUUACUUGGGUCAAUUCAAAUACGACGUAGAUGGCCCUGCAUUGCAGACUUUCAAAGUUGAAUGCGGCUAUCCGGUCGAGUUCAUAUCGUUUAAAGUUUUGUCCAACCAUGGCCAUAUGGACUUUACAUGUGUAUAUAGGUUGAGAGUACAUGGAAGUCUAAGCAAAACAACUCACAAAAAUUAAAUACUAUAUUGGUGUUAUGUUACAUUUCAAAUCGUUCUGGACGGAUCUAAAUAUACUCAUAACUCUAAAAAAUGAGAAAAUAUCAACAACAUAUUGCUUUAUUAAUAUUUUAUAUUCGUAAAAUAAACGUUAUAUUUUGGUCUAUAAAGUUUUCAACAUUGCGUUGACUCUGACGCCUAAUUUUUGCUCGAAAUCGUAAUUACUGUAGUGGUUUAUUUGCUGCAAAAGCUUUUUUCCCUCGUCUUUGGUCU